AUCUCAUUUCCGGUCGGUCCCGUCAUCAGUCAGCCGGUGGCGUGCUUGCUCGUGUUUUUAGAGCUCGCGUAGCAUUCCACACGCGCUGAGAGCGGGAUCAACGCGCACAACAACAACGGCUCGCGGACCGUUUACUGAGCUGUUUUCGGUUUAAGAGCCUCUUACAAGAAUCCACAGCGGGAUAAUUUCAGCCCAAAUCCCAGCAGAGAGUCACCGUGGAAGAUGGGUUCAGUCCCGGCCGUAUCUGUGCUCAUUCUGGCCAUCGCUGUUCCGAGUCUAGCCGGAUACAUUGAGGCGUUGGCAGCUAAUGCAGGUACCGGAUUUGCCGUUGCGGAGCCGCAGGUUGCCAUGUUUUGCGGCAAGCUCAACAUGCACAUUAACAUCCAGACUGGCCGCUGGGAGCCGGACCCUUCCGGAUCCAAAACCUGCGUCGGAACCAAAGGAGUGCUGCAAUACUGUCAAGAGAUGUAUCCUGAGCUGCAAAUCACAAAUGUGGUGGAAGCCAACCAGCCAGUCAAGAUCGAGAACUGGUGCAAGAAGGACAAGAAACAGUGCAAGGGCCACGCUCACAUUGUGAUCCCCUACAAGUGCUUGGGUGAGUGGUGUGUGAUUGACAGCUCUGUUGUCCUUUUAAACGGCCAAUUAUCCAGAAUGUCCCGUGGGGUUAAAGACACCAUUGUUGAAGUGAGACAUCUGAGAAGCCAGAGCAGCAGUUCAAAGUGACAGGCGAAGACGUUAAAGAUCUCUAUACUG